ACACAGACAUACAGGUAAAGACACACAGGAACCCAGAUAAUGCUCAGAUGUACUGGCAUGAAAUCUUACUGUUGCAUCACUGAGUCAGGAUAAAGCUGUAUGUCAGCAUUGCAAACCCAUGUGGGAAAUACCCUUUGAGUUGGCUUGGAGACGUGUUUUCUAAAAGGUCACAGUGCAAGAAGUUAUUAUUCCUCAAGCAACGGAUCUAUUUCCCCUGCCCCGAAUGAACACUACAUGGGGAAACUCACAAGUUUAUCUGCUAGAAAUGUGAUCCACUGCAAGUGUAAUUUCUUCCUUGACUUGCACACAAGAAUUUAUACAGUGGAGACUACAUGGCUGUAAUUUUCAUUCCUUAUUUCAGCGGCUGCAAAGGCGUCUUGGCAGACUGCUUGUUGAUCAAGCACAUCCGUGUGUCUUCAUUCUUUUCGCUGUGCUGAGAGGUGUCUGGUUGUCUGACAGAUCACCUACUCUUUCAACAUCUGACCUGUGACUUACUCUCUAUGAAUGUUUCAGAAUGCAUUUCUGCAAUCUUCGGCCUGCUUACUGGUGCUUUGACAAUUUUUACAAUGCAACAAGGAAACAGCAGAUAACAAGAUUUAAUCAAAGGAAAUAUUUGCAUUGUUGAGACUGAACUUCAAUAGGAAUCCUUUAACUUGAGUCACAGGAUCAAAGAAUGACACCAUGACUACUGGCAACCAUUCACACUAACUUACACCUAAAGUUUUCUCUCAUUUCUCUAUAUUUAUGCAGCAGUUAAACACAUUUUUUCUUUGAAACCCUGUUAAAACGCACAUGGCAUUUUAAAUAUUGGAAAAUCUUUGCUUAAGUUGAUACUAAAUAAAGUACUUUUUGAUAUCACAAAGUAGAACUAUUAAGUGGAGCAUGUAAGGGACAGUAAAUACACUUUCUUAGUUAAUGCAGUUGUAAAAAUACAAGUUACACUUCUUCAGUCAUCAUUUUGAAGUGUCUGACCUCAUGUGGACUCAAGGAAAGUCAGGUGUACUGAUUCUAAAUAUCUUAAAAGAAAGGACUUGUAUCAGGUUAAUGUUCAGUACCCAGAGUUGGCUGUUGGAAUCGGUGUCUCAUACAAAAAUUCAACUCCUCCAAAAAUUGUGAGUAUGGAGGCAUUGUUACUCAUCAGAAAAGAAUCUAAGCAAGAUGUUCAUCUACUGGUAUGCUGGAACUGGACAAAAGCAUGCGUGCACCACCCUACCUCUGAUAGAAUGAUGGUGAUAGUGCAUUUGGCAGUGUAUGGUGCCAUUGUUCUUAUCUAGAAAGAUCUGCAAUUUACUACCACUAAAUAAUACACUUUUAUACCGAGUUGAUUUAGGAGUUUGCCUGUCCACAAGGGGGUGCCUUACAUCAACUCACUGUCCCUAAUGACAGUAGGUAACACAAUACUGACACUGAGAGUGGGCCAGUGGAGGACUGAAAAGGAGAAGAAUGAAUCUGUGAGCCAUCAGAGAUGAAAACUCAAAGGCUUGGAUGAUAAAGGGCCUUGUGUGCCUCACUGUCUUCAGAGUGUGUCGUUCCUUUUAGAAGCUUGGUCAUUACACCUGGGGCAUUUGGACAGCUGCCAAAAUUUAUUGGAAAAAAAAACAACUCUCUGUUCCUCUCCAAACACAUGGCUGUCUAACCAGUUUAAAAUGUUGUCGUAUCCGCUCAAGCCAUUCUUCUAUUAUUGUUUUUCAUUUUAUAUACACUGUGUGCAAAUGACAGGAACAUGUCCAGCUUCACUUAAAUAUACACAAGAUUUCUUUCAAGACACAGACUGCUAUUGUUACGUGCUUCUUCUCUGUUUAUGUGUCAGAAAACAUAUGAUGAUUUCACAGGCUUUCAUUUGGCUUUAAAGAGACCCUGGCAAGGUGUCUUUUCGAGUCACAUUUUGAGAGAGUGAAGAAAAUGUUAAUUUGUCCCUCUCCUUACUGAAAACUGUAGGGCACUGCUAUAAAAACUUUUACUUCCUCAACCUUUUGAAAUUCUUUCCUCACUUUGAGUCCCCAUUUGUCUAGAGAAUAUGCUUGGAGCUGACAGCGCGUCUUGUAUGUGCGUGUCAGCAACAUUUUUAUGUUGUCCUUAAGCAACCUAUUGCAACCUAUUGUAAAUUUGUUGUCUUUCUUUAGUUGUACUUACUGAUAAAGCUGUCACAUUGAAGAAGUUGCUGUUGCCAUGACACAGAUAUGAAAUUUAACAAGACAGAAUGAUACACACGAAAGACAUUUUUCAUGGGCUAAUUGUCUUAGUUAUGGCUCAACAGUGAGAAAACAAUGAGCCCUGUACUUGAAUGAUGCAGUUUCCAUAUUUCAGUCACGACAAAGGGGGCCGAGCUCUGGAAUCAUUGUUAUGAGACCCACAGGAUGUCCUGAGGAAGAAAUCGGCACAGAGUUGUAUGCUAGCAUUCAGGGCCAGAGAGGUGCACGGCAGGGAAGCUUGCACUGGGCCUCCUCUCUUUUGGUGUCCUCAAGAGUCUCCCCUGAAAAAUGGGAUUGCCGCCCCAGCCUAGGAUGCCAUGACCUUUGUAUACUUCUUCAUAGGCUUGGAAGAAUUUACCCAUCGACCACUGACACGGAUCAAAUUUACUCUGAUGAAGAGAAGAUGGAAACACAAAAAAUAGACACCAGUCUGGAAACUAAAACUGUUUAGAGGUCUUUACUCCACACUCUCCAAUUUGCGGAAAUUUUCUGGUCCCAGUUACUAGACAAUGCCAAGAGGCAGAGAGAAAAGGCAUUAACUUCAAAGAAGUGAACCCAGAAAGCAGAAACGCUAUAUUUGGCGAGAUACACACAUCCAUUGACACUUUGGCAUUUACAUUCGGCAAUGUAGUCUCUGACUUCCUUAUGGGAGAUGUGGACAGCAGCUCAGAGUUGGGGAUCACCCACACCAGGAGAAGCAGGUCUUUCGACAACCUCUUUGUGGAUCCCGAGGAAUAUGUUUCAGGGAAAAAUGAUCUUGUGGGCCAAGAGGUGUCACUGUCACGGGAGGAAGAAGUUGACUUGACCCUGUUGAAGAAUGACAGUGGGGUGGAGUCUGCUCUACUUUAUGCCAAGGCCUGGUCCAAGUACAUUAAAGACCUUCUGGCCUGGAUGGAGAAACGGCUAGCCAUGGAUAUUGAGUAUGCUAAAAGCUAUGCCAAAAUGGCAGAGUCUGCAAAGGCACUGGCCAGUCAACAGGCCUACAUGCCAUUCAGUGAUAUCUACGUUUCUACGUUCAAGAACGACAUUGAAUACAACCAGCAGCUUAUUCAAACUGCAGUUGCUCUUCAGGCCAAUAAAUUCGUACAGCCUCUUCUGGCCCGCAAGAAUGAACUCGACAAGUUGAGGAAAGACAUCAAGGAACAGUGGCAGAGGGAGCAAAAGAAAAUGCAAGAGACAGAUGCAACCUUGCGUAAGGCUCGAGCACUGAAGGCCCAGCGGAGAGAGGAGUACCAGAAGGCUCAGUCAUCCACAAACCGCUCCCAGGAGGAGCAAUCUACUGCCGGGAACAAACAGCUAGAGAAGAAGAGGAGGCUAGAAGAGGAGGCUCUGCAGAAGGCGGAGGAGGCCCAGGACCAGUACCAAAGCUGUAUGGCUGACGCAGGCGUCAGAAGAAUGGAUCUGGCCAACGCUAAGAGUACCAUCCUCAGUCAGAUUCGAGAGAUGGUCUUCCAGUGUGACCUCACCCUCAAAGCUGUGACCGUGAACUGGUUUCAGAUGCAGCAGGCGCAGACUGUGUCAUUACCUGCCCACUACCAAGCCCUGAGUGAGAGUGCCAAGUUGUAUUACCCAGGCGAAUGCUAUGCUGAGUUUGUCCGUAGCCUGCCCAAAAAUCUACCUAAAGAGUACCUUCAGUCAGACUCCAUCUCUUCUGACAAUACAAGGUUUGUGUUCAAUAAAAGGUCAGUGGGCAGCACUCAUUCCUCCCAUGGCAACCUGUCGCAGGCAUCAAUCACCUCCUGUGACGUGUUGAGUGGAGAUGAAGUGGACAAUCCUCCACAUCGACCUGCAAAGAUUGGUGAGCGAAGGUCCAUCAGCAGCACAGACAUACAAGCACUGAGAAGCCAAGCUCCACUGAGAUCCUGGGCCUCUAGUAGUCAGGGGAGCCAGGGUGGGAUGUGUAGUGACUCAGAGAGUGCUGGAGGCAGCAGUGAGUCAAGGUCUAUGGACUCCCCUACUGCCAGUCCAGGUGACUUCAAGCGAAGGUUGCCCAGAACUCCUUCCACUGGAACCAUGUCCUCUGCUGAUGAUUUGGAUGAGAGGGAGCCACCAUCCCCCUCAGACAAUGGUCUGGCAGAAAUGGUGACAGAGACAGCCAGUUCUCCUGGACCCUUCAGAAAUGCCCAAAUGUCCAAAGCUGCACAAACCCAUAAGCUAAGAAAACUACGAGCUCCGUCUAAGUGCAGAGAGUGUGACAGCCUGGUCGUUUUCCACGGAGCGGAGUGUGAGGAGUGCUCCCUGGCCUGCCAUAAGAAGUGUCUGGAGACACUUGCUAUCCAGUGUGGUCACAAAAAGCUACAAGGCAGACUACACCUGUUUGGUAUCGACUUUGCCCAAGCAGCAAAAAACAGCUCAGAUGGUAUCCCCUUUAUAAUAAAGAAGUGCACAUCUGAGAUUGAGAGUCGAGCCCUCAACAUCAAAGGAAUUUAUCGUGUGAAUGGUGCCAAAUCACGCGUGGAGAAGCUCUGUCAGGCAUUUGAAAAUGGAAAGGACUUGGUUGAGCUGUCUGACCUCUCACCUCACGACAUCAGCAAUGUCCUCAAACUCUACCUGAGACAGUUACCAGAGCCAUUGAUCCAAUAUCGAUUCUACAAUGACAUCAUCGGCUUGGCCAAAGAGUGCCAGAGGGUGAUUGUGGAGGAGGCUGAUAAACCUCACAGCAGCCAGCCAGGGGAGAACGGUGGACCAAGCAUCCAUUUGACCAGAGUCAUUUUUAAGAUCAGAGACCUACUCUGCCAGCUGCCUGCAGCCAACUACAGGACUCUGCGCUACCUUAUUGCACAUCUAAACAGAGUCACUGAACAGGCAGAGGAGAACAAGAUGACUGCAAGUAACCUUGGCAUUAUAUUUGGCCCCACACUGGUGAAGCCACGACAGACGGAUGCCGAAGUGUCCCUGUCCUCCCUGGUGGACUACCCCUACCAGGCACUGAUGGUGGAGCUGCUGGUGCGAAACUUCCAGACAGUCUUUGAUGUGUCUCCUCCACCUGUUUGCGACAUGUCCACCACUGGCCAGGCAUCCCCCAAACUCCCUCCACAAGAGAAGGUGAGACAGCUUGGCAGACACUCUACCUCCCUGAUGGACAUCAAAGAAAGUGCCAAAGUGUACAAAAGAUACUCAUCAGUAAUCCCAUCCUCACACAUCCUGGACGAGAUGCAGAAGGUCCAACCAGGAAGAGACAGAACAGAGGUCUCUGCCUUGGACAGACUUAAUGGAAUCCCAACUUCUAGUGGAGAGGUUCAAAGAUCAAACCUAGUGUUUGGCCGUCCCAGCACCGUCACGGCACCAAAGGUUCAGCUACGCACCCAGCGCACCAGACAUGUAUCUCGACCAAUCAGCAUGCCUCUGGAACGCCUGCCCACCCCUGCUCAGAUCAAUAAGAGAAAUAAUCAAAACACUGCGGAUAAUGUUGAUGCAGGCUUUGUUGAGCGGGACACUAUCACUAAAACUAUACAGGAGAUUCCAGAGCCAGAGAAAGCUCGCCAGAGUGGUUCAUCCAGGGUUAGCACCUACUACAUCACUCCUUUUAUUGACACUCAGACUAUGCAGCGGAGAACGUGGGACAGGAAGUACAAGCACUAUGAUGUUACACCCAGGACUGCUAUGAUAGUAGCCAACCUGCCAUCUACCAGCUCUGGAGUACAGCCUGUAAAGGCAACAAUCCCUGUCACUGCUGGCCCAACUGUAACCACUGCCUCUGUGGUCUCUACCACGAGUAGUGUUACCACCAUGUUCUCCAGAAAUGCCUACACAAUGCCAGUCAAGCCUCUUUGGACUUCUAAAAGGGAAAAUGACACAGAAAAUUCAGUUAGUGAGAACAGCAACUCACCAAACUUUCUACUAACUCUCAGGGCGCCAAGGACUCUGCAACCUCCUCCUGGAACUUUCUACAAGCCCCCUGUUUCCAUUAUUAGCAGAGCCAGGACACUUCCAAACUGGACUACUACAGUAACCACUAUCACCACCACCACUAGCACCUCCUCACUUGCCCCCACCAACCAUGCCCAAGUAGUCUCCCCGUCCCCUGCCCUUACAACCCCCACACAGACACGACUCCGGUCACAGGAUUCCACUGACAGUGCAAUUGACCCCGGGGUCUCGACUUCUGCAACCCUUUCACCCUCCCAGUCUCCACCCCCUAGCAGCCCUGACGACCUCAGCCCGAGUGAGACGAAACCCAUCUACCAAAGACUGCGACCUCGGAAGGUGCAAGAGCUUGAACACAGAGAGGCUCAUUUUGUCUGACACCAAAAAGCUUUCAGUGUCUGUAAAUAUUAACGUAUCUGUGCCAUAGUAUAUACCGGGGCAAACAGUUUUCUCAACAAAGCCAAGACUGAAAGGAAAAGUAGUCCUGUGAAAAGAAACCAUGAAAGUGUUAUAAGUACUAAUAUAUUCAUUUUUACAUGUUAAAGUCGUGGUGUCAACAGUGGUUGCUGAGAGCAUUCGAAGCAAGCAAACACUGUCCUAUUUUUUUGAAUAAAUAAAUGCAUGAAUUGUCUUGAUUUUAUGCCAAAGAAAAUUUGCCAGCCACAAAAUGGAUUUCUGUCUGUAAAGAACUAUAAGCCAAUCACUUUUCUUGUUUGAUGUUUAAUUUGUUUCAAAGUAAAUUUUACAUUGCAUUAAAUUUUAAAACUGGUUUAAUUUCAUAUUUUGUUUCACAGGAAAUCGAUGGACGUAGUCUUUACACAAGGUUGUUAAUUAUAAAGAACGCAACAUUUUUACCUUUAAUGUGUCCAUGGUAACCUGUGUGUAAUUGGUACAUCUUUUCUCAGUAUAUAAACCAUUUUUAUCUGUUUACAUUUUUUUUUAUAUUCAUUCAUAUAUACACCAUGCUUGUCACAACAAUUUUGUGUCAUUGCAUUAUUGUGACUGUGCAGAACAAAAAUGACAUGCAAUAGUUCUUGCUGCAAAUUAAAACUUUAUUUUAAACAGUUA